AUGUCAGUAGCAUCCUCAAUCCCAUACAUCAAAAUCCCAAACCCAUCAUCAUCUUGUUCCUCUCCAUCUUCCUCUUCAUCAGCAACUUCUACCUCUUCUUCUUUUAGAUUUGCCACAACAGUAAAGCCCUGUGCUUUGACUAUCAGGAGUUCUCAAGCUGACGGUCCCAUAAGAAGACCUGUGGCUCCUCCACUUAGAGAACCUUCUCCGCCAUCAUCGCCACCCUCCCCUUUGAAGCCUGUUCCUCCCUCUUCUCCUGUGGCUCCACCACCACCUAAGCCUGCUUCUCAGGUGGUUUUGGAGGACAAGAAUGCGAUUACUUUGGAGUUUCAGAGGCAAAAGGCCAAGGAGCUUCAGGAUUAUUUUAAGCAAAAGAAACUUGAGGAAGCAGCUCAGGGUCCUUUCUUUGGGUUUGUUGGCAAGAAUGAGAUUGCUAAUGGAAGAUGGGCUAUGUUUGGUUUUGCUGUUGGGUUGCUAACAGAGUAUGCAACAGGAUCAGACUUUGUUGAUCAAGUAAAGAUCCUUCUCUCAAAUUUCGGAAUACUUGAUCUAGAGUGAUUCAAAUUCUUCAUCCUCAGCAGCAUGGAUGGAUACUCUUUUUUUGACUUCUGUAAUUGCCUUCUUGAUCUUCAAAGCUAUAAAUACAUUUUAAAUUUCUGUAAUUGCUGUAUCAUAUCCAAUAUCGUGUAACUGCUUUAGCAACUGUUUGCACUUGGUUAUCAUAAACUAUAUCCUUUAUGUUCAACAGAAAUAUAAGUUUUUCAUUUUGGCCA